AAAAAGCCACUCUUUUUUCUUUUUCAGUUUUCUUUUCUGGUGUGAAAAGAUAACCAACUUGUUCUUGCAUGAUCAUCGUACUGCAAAUAGGUGAAGUGUCUGAGAUACCCACAUAUUUGACAAAAACUUGAGGAAAUGUGGAUGGAAAUAUCACAACGAUGCGUUUAAGAGUGUAUACAACCGUUGCUGAAGUUCAGGCUCCUCUCACCGGCACAAUAACUGUCAGUUGAGAUAUGCUUUUUUUUUUAUUGAAAGGAGAUAUGCUUUUUUUCUUUUGGUUGGAAAUGAGAUUAAAAAAAAAAAAAAGAUUUGGAGGAGAAAGUAGAAGAGGAGCACUACAAAUUGGCUCCCCUCUUAUUGGACAUGGACUCCAGUAGUGUUUGUGGGAUAUCUUAGGCACUACCAUCGGGCGUUGUCUGCAAACCACCAAGAAUAAUCAAGGUCAUAUCUAGCCCCAAAGACGGUCUGUCAAGGAGAGGUUAAUUUGAACUAGUCAAGUAGUCAACCCACAUAGGACACAGAAGAUGAAACUGUGAACGAAGUUGUUACCCAAGGGCAUUUAAGGGAGACGAGAAAGGCGUGUGCUUUAUUGGAGAAGGUUCCAAACUGAGAAAGUCUUCUCGGUCAUCUUUCAUCUCUACAAAAUAUCAAGAUUCCCUUUGAAGUCCUCGCUUGGUUGAUGUGGUGGAACUCCGGGAUCAUCUAAAGUCCUCGCUUCUCCGAGCUUUUGAUGAAGAAGGCAACAAUCCAGAUAUUUGUUAGGGAAGACUUUCGUCUUAGCUGUAAGCCUCCUCAUCCAAGAUUUCAAAUGAGCCCUACUGUAUUGGUGGCUUGGUGCUAGCUGUGCAGCCUACUCCCUAUCAUCACCAUUCUUUUCUUGCAAUUAAGUCGUUUCUGCAAUUCUACUUCCACUUGUCUAUGGACAAUCCCUGCAAACCAUCUACCUGAGCUUUCCCAGUAAUCUAGCUAGCUCUCAAAGGCAACAACUCACUUCGGUAUCUUUCUACUAGGGCAGGUACAUUUACAAUGUCUGGAUUUUCUCAACAUAAACAAAGGAGAAUGGAAGUAACUCAAGUAAGCAAUCAAGCUACUCCAAAUAAAAAAGGAAACCCGUACAUUUCGUUAGAAGCUUCAAUGGGUGAGGAGCUAUAUAAUGUGUCUCGUGUAUCCCCAAUGCGUUGUAUCUAUCGAGUUCCUUACCGACUGAGACAUGUACAUGAAAAUGCCUAUACACCCAAAUUAGUUUCUAUAGGGGCAUUUCAUCAUGGUAACGCAGCCUUAAAACCCAUGGAAGAACACAAAAUGAGGUACCUGAAAGCUUUUUUAGAUCGGAGCACACUGAACUUGUCGGGUUAUGUACUAAAAAUAAAGGCUCAAGAAGAAAGAAUGCGCAGUUGUUACAUUGAGACUAUUGAGCUUGAUAGUGAUGAAUUUGCUAGAAUCGUUCUUGUGGAUGCCACAUUCAUCAUUGAAGUCUUACUAAGGUCCUAUUAUGGUCAUUUGGUAGAUGAAGAUGAUUGCAUUUUCCGAAGACCAAGAUUAAUAGUGGAUCUAUUGCCUGACAUGUUGUUACUGGAAAAUCAAUUGCCUUUCUUUAUUCUUGAGGAUCUUUGCCCAGACUUUAUCGAUUUAAGCUCCGGUGGAACUUUCGAGAGGCUUUCAAUGGUCUUUCUCUCUCUCCAACUCUUACAUAAAAUGAGAGUAUCGGGUAUAGAAGGAACUGCGCAGGAAAAUGUGGUCAAUAUACGUUCUCAACAAGUAAAAGUAAAACAUCUUCUUGAUCUGUUGAGAACGUUAUUGAUACUACCAAUUUCGAAAUCACAAAUUAGAGGGACUUUUCAACAUUUUCCUAGCACGACAAAGCUACACCAAGCAGGAGUGAAGUUUAAAGUUGGACCAAGCAAAAACUUGUUCAGCAUACGAUUCACUGAUGGGAUUUUGGAAAUUCCAAAGUUAACUAUUACGGAUAACACAGAGCUCAUAAUGAGAAAUGUUGUUGCCUACGAGCAAUGUGAAUAUCCCUUCGAACUUCACAUAAGUGCUUAUGUUGUCAUCCUUGAUUAUUUUGUAGAUACUGCAAAAGAUGUGGAAUUACUUGUCGAUUAUGGUAUUAUUAAAAAUUGUCUAUGUGACAACAAGGAGGUUUCUCGUUUGAUCAACAGUCUCAGCAGUGGAGUUGCACUGUAUCAUGGUGAAUUUUAUUUCUCUACCAUUUCUCAAAAACUGAGCGAGUAUUGCGAUGUGAGGUGGCAUAAAAGCAUAGCAAAUUUGAGGCAAAAUUAUUUCAACACACCUUGGCGUACCAUCUCUGUGGUUGCAGCUAGUACUUUCCUUGUACUCACUUUUGUUCAAACUGUGUGCUCUGUUAUCUCAGUUGCUUAAAUGUAAUGCAUUGAUGAGAGAUUUUAUUGAACUGAAUAAUAGGAGACUGGAAACGAAAGGUUCCUUCUGGAAUCAAAGACUCGGGUUUCCUUGGUGCAAAUUAUUGUAAUAAAUUUGUUGAAGCAUGCUUAAAUUGUAGGUGAGAUAGUGUUCAUUGAAAUAAGGUUUCGCAAG